UUACCGGCCCCGCUUAUGAUAAGCACCAGUUGUGCUGAACGAGGCGCUUCCCCGCAAUCAUGACUAGCAGAGGGUAUUUAGAGGGCGCACGCCAAUGAUAGACGAAGAAUAACAAAGACAUAAAAGAGAGCAAUCGAACUGAGCAGGCAGUGACAAGAAUCAUCAUCAAACUCGCUCAUACUAUACAAUUGGCAUCAUGUCUUCAACCACUACCAUCCAAGCCCAAAGCGGUACCCUCACCAUCGCGCCCAAAUCCACGCACGGUCAUGAACUCAAAGACAAAACCCCCCUGCAAGCAAUGUCCCACGGUGAUGUCGUCCUCAGCGGCAUCCCCUCCCACCCCGACUUCUCCUCCCAGCGCCAAUGGCAGCUCGAGCACAUGGCCGCCGCCUUUCGCCACUGGCACCGCGAAGGCUACGUCGAAGGCAUGAGCGGUCACAUUUCCGUGCGCGACCCAGAAUUCACCGACGCUUUCUGGACGAACCCUCUCGGACGACACUUUGGUCUGUUGAAGGUUAGCGAUAUGAUCCUCGUUAACCUCGAGGGAGAGGUCAUUGGGGGGAACCGCUCAAGGCCGCCUAAUACAGCGGGGUUUCUGAUCCAUGCUUCUAUUCAUAAAGCUAGAAGCGACGUUCACGCUAUUUGUCACUGUCACAGUAUUCAUGGAAAAGCAUGGUCUGUGUUCGGCAAACGUCUCGAAAUGCUAACGCAAGACGCGUGUAAAUUUCGAGGCGAUGCGCACAGCGUUUACGACAGUUAUGGUGGCGUCGUGCUAGGCAGCGAAGAAGGAGACCGCAUCGCAGCAGCCAUGGGCUCCAAAGGAAAAGGCUGUAUCUUACGAAACCACGGUAUUCUGACCGUUGGACAAACAGUGGACGAGGCAGCGUGGCUGUAUACGUCUAUGGAGAACAGUUGUCGUGUCCAACUUCUCGCCGAGGCUGCAGCGGCGAAUGGCAUGCCUAAGGUACUGAUUGAGGAUGAGGAGGCCAAUUUCAACUUUGACGUCGAGAGUGAUCCUGAGAUUUGCUACUGUGAGUUUCAGGUUUAUUAUGAUUUGGAGGAUGAGAUGUCCAAUGGGGCUUUUAAGAAGUAGGAGUACGAGAUGCAGCAUUAUCUUGCCUUUCGCCCGCAGUGUCGUUGGUUCAUUGAUAGCUAGCUGAUGGAGAUGUCGAACCACAAAGUAUAGUAACAAUUAAACAUGUUCUUUUGUCAAAGUUGAGGCAGUAUUCUAGAUAGGCUGUGAACAGACUAUGUUCUUUUGGCCACGUUUACAUAGAGUUCUUCAUACUGCGCCACAGCCCUGGCGUCAAGUGUGUUUAUGGAUUUAACUUCCCACAGCUCGAGGAUUCGUGCCUCUUGUGUUAUGCAAACCUUAUCAACAAUAGCUGAAUUCGUGAAUUAUUGCUUUAUUCUCUCCUUAUCCAAUCCCAGGCGGCCUUUCCC